AUGGUGGAUGUUUUUAAUAAGACAGGAGUGAUAUCGAUUCUUUCUUCCAUCCUCGCUUUUACUUCUCCUUUGAUAAAAACAGGAAAAGAAUUUAAAGAAUGCAUUGACAACCCUGAAUAUUAUCUUGACCCUGCACCUCUGUUAGAUGAUGAUGGAGUGUGUCAGGGUCAGGCUUGUCUCCCUUGCAAUAUAAUUAUUAAAGUUAUGGCUAAUUGGGAUGAUUCUGUUUUUCAAACCAUAUCCAUUGAUUUUUCUCUUAUCAGUAUCGUUUCAGCUUUAAAGUUAAUGGCAAAAGAGGUUGAAAAAGAAGGAUUUAAGGAGGAAGAUCUAGAUCAAGAAGCGCGAAAAUACUUGGAAGAAAAUAAAAAAUAUUUGGAACUUUUGGCUCCUAGUUCGCCGGCUUUUCUUUCGCUUAAAGUAUUGUACUCGUUUGGGAAGAAAUUGGGCCACAAUAUUGGCAUUGUCAUACGUAUAGUUAAGGGCAUUGUAGGGUGUAUCACGAUGCCGAUCUUGAUAAGUCAUUUUAAAGAAGCUAAUGGCGAUCAAGAGAAAUUGGCAAGGAUAUUUACUGUUGGAGGUCCUAUUUUUCAAGAUUUUGGCGUUACUGUCUUGACUUUACUUAACUAUGUGAUCUUGUUGCUUGUACUUUUAGUCAACAAAUUACCUACAACAAUUUGUCUUUAUAUCAACUUUAUUUCUACAGUGCUUUCUGCUAUCUGGGGCCUGUCAAUAUUAGUUGCAAGUUUAUAUUUUGUAUACGCUAAAAUGGGGGAUAGAACAGGGCAAAUUUUUUUCCCUUGGAUUAUGCUGGCUCGUACUUUUGGCGUGUUCUGCUGCAAUGGGGGUUGUUAUAUUAAUUGUGGGGCUGGCUUUUAUGCUGUCGCGAAUUUAUGGUUUGCUGUUCAAAAUGUAAUUUUGGCUACUAGGGGUUAA